CACCCGACGGGCUCAGCUGCAUCCUUGACGGGCUGGCAGUCCACUAGUUGGUUAAUCGGUUAGCUUGCCAACCUCGCAGAACCCUGUCGGCUGCAGCAGAAGCGACGCUGCCUGCCAACGAUCCGUUUCCAUGACUAAGGCGGUCAUAAGCCUUUGCGUUGCCCGUCAGAUCCAGGGACGUUUUCCUUUCCUCACGGCUGGAAUGGAAGAGACACCCUCUCUCGCCUGUUGAACUCCCGUCCCCCCGCUCUUUCUCCUGACGAUGGGCAUCCCUUAUCACUGAUUGAUCCGCCUCAGUUACUCAAAGAUUCGCUCGUUAGCCCCGCUUCGCAACUUCUGUACCUCCAUCCACCCAGGACGCUCCCAUCGUCUCUCGUUUCGUUCAGAUGCCAAUGCCGUGACGCUGAACAAAGAUGGGCUCCCAUCGUUAUUCAGAACUUGGACGCAGCCUGGGAAUAUUUGGUGACCAGCUGCCAUGGUACUGGAAGCUCUUCGCAAGCGGUUCAGCGUGGCUGCUUUUGGCUGGGUUCCUGAUUUUCCCUCUUUCUAUGGAUUACGAGAAUUCGGAUUUAGGAGGAAAUAGACAAGCAUUGAUUGCGGUAUCUCUGGCGCUGGUUGUCGUCGCAUCGAUUAACUGCGUAAUAUAUUGUGUGAGAUGGAGAAAGGCCUAUGAGCUCGUGGAUUCUAUCUUUUUGGCUUACCUCGGCUCAAGUAUCACCGGUCUGUUAAAUCUCGUCUUGAAUACCGUCCUUCGAAGUCUACCCCUCGACACUUUGGCCAUCGCCGCCAUCGUUAUAUGCUCCAUUUUCACAGUCGGAUGCGCUAUAGCCGUCCUCUAUCAUUGGCGUGAUGAGUUCUCAGCGUCCGGACUCAAAAGGAAGCGGCGACGGCGCAGAGACCACCGCCUCGAUGACACCGAGCUGCAGAGACGACAACUGCUCAAACUGCUCUCGAAGAACUCUGAUCGAGCACCCAGUCCAGAUGUGACUCAAAACACCUUCAGGAUUGAUAUUCCUGAUCCUACCGUUGAGAGGGAUGAAGAAUCAAACGCCAUGCCGCAGCAACCAUCCGAAUUUCCCCUCGCACGGCCACUUCCAACAACCAGCUAUAACCUAAAGAGGCAUACCAUAUCGUCCAUUCGUUCAUCUACUCCCGACAGCGUGAAGAAAUACAGCCCUGUCGACUCGGAUCAGUCCCGCCAACCCAAAUAUCCAAUUGCCGAAUUGGGCGACCUCUAA